CGCGCCCCAGCCGCGUAUCGGAACUCGUAAAGCGCUCAGGUGAAGUAAAACUCAGGUGUGGGUGUUGAUCUGCAGUUUGAGACUCGGCACGAUCUGUGGAGGAGCCGGAGCUGAAGGAAAGUGAAGGAGGCCAUCACCGGUGAAGAACUAGAGGAGAUGGAGGAGUGAGAACAUGCGUAAAAUCAAACUUUAGAGGAGAAACCAACUUUGUCCUCAACUUUUCAUUUUCUUGGAUUGUGAAGUUCUAUGGAGUGAUUGAGCCUCGACGACGUGGACGUUCACAUCAGUUUGGAUUGUUGUGCAGGGACUGUGCGUAAAAAUGGAUCUAACCAUCUCCACAUUCAGAGGGGCUUUACUGGUUGUAUUCACAGCUUCAUGUCUCCUGCAUGGAUCUAGAGGAGAAAUCCCUCCAAAAACAACCGUCGGUGUCACGCUUCUCCCACCGGUUAAGCCUGAAGUCCCCCAUGCUUAUCCAAAUGAGGAGAAGUCGAAUCUACCGGUGUUUACAAUGGAUUAUCCAAGAAUACAGAUACCAUUUGAGAUCACUCUGUGGGUGCUGCUGGCUUCGUUCGCAAAGAUUGGUUUCCAUGUGUACCACAAGAUCACUGUCUGGGUGCCGGAGUCGUGCCUCCUCAUCAGCAUUGGUCUGAUCGUUGGUGGCAUCAUGCACUCUGUCCAUGAGGAACCCCCCGCUGUGCUGUCCAGCAACGUCUUCUUCCUUUACAUGCUGCCUCCCAUUGUCCUGGACUCCGGCUACUUCAUGCCAACCAGGCCUUUCUUCGAGAACAUUGGCACGGUGUUGUGGUUUGCAGUGGUGGGCACUCUGUGGAACAGCAUAGGGAUCGGCAUGUCCCUGUUUGCCAUUUGCCAGAUUGAGGCUUUUGGUGUCCAGGACCUGAACCUCCAGGAGAACCUACUGUUUGCGACCAUCAUCUCGGCCGUGGACCCCGUGGCUGUGCUGAGCGUGUUUGAGGACGUGUCCGUGAACGAGCAGCUCUACAUCGUGGUGUUUGGAGAAUGCCUCUUCAACGAUGCCGUCACUGUG